AUUCUAAAAGUGUACUAGUGACGAGGAGGGGAUUAAGAAAAGUACUUCUUCUGUUUUGUUUUUUUUUAUAUGAGAAAAGGGAUUAAUUAUGCCGGACCAAAUCACAGUUUCAGAGUUUGUGGCAGAGACGAAUGAAGAUUAUAAAUCGCCGACUGCCUCUAACUUCACCACCAGGAUGUCCCACUGCAGGAAUACUGUGACCGCUCUAGAGGAGGCUCUAGAUGUGGACCGCAGUGUUCUGUACAAGAUGAAGAAGUCUGUGAAGGCCAUCUACACGUCUGGUCUGGCUCACGUGGAGAACGAGGAGCAGUACACACAGGCUCUGGAGAAGUUUGGAGAAAACUGUGUAUAUAGAGAUGAUCCUGACUUGGGAUCAGCUUUCCUCAAGUUCUCCGUCUUCACCAAGGAGCUCACUGCACUCUUCAAAAACCUGUUCCAAAACAUGAACAACAUCAUCACCUUUCCCCUGGACAGCCUGCUGAAAGGAGACCUGAAAGGAGUCAAAGGGGAUCUGAAAAAGCCUUUUGACAAAGCCUGGAAGGACUACGAAACCAAAGUCACCAAGAUAGAGAAGGAGAAGAAGGAACACGCGAGGCAGCAUGGAAUGAUCAGGACGGAAAUUAGUGGAGCGGAAAUUGCAGAAGAGAUGGAGAAGGAGAGGAGAUUCUUCCAACUGCAGAUGUGUGAGUAUCUCCUCAAAGUCAACGAGAUCAAAAUCAAGAAGGGAGUAGACUUGCUGCAGAACCUCAUCAAGUACUUCCACGCACAGUGCAAUUUCUUUCAGGACGGUUUGAAAGCUGUGGACAACCUGAAACCUUCCAUAGAAAAACUGGCCACAGAUCUGCACACGAUAAAGCAGGUGCAAGAUGAGGAGAGGAAGCAGCUCACUCAGUUACGAGAAGUCCUCAAGUCAGCGCUACAGGUGGAGCAGAAGGAGUCUAGGAGAGAUUCACAGGUGCGGCAGAGCACCACGUAUAGCCUGCACCAGCCGCAGGGCAAUAAGGAGCAUGGCACUGAGCGCAGUGGGUACCUCUACAAGAAAAGUGACGGGCUGAGGAAAGUGUGGCAGAAGAGAAAGUGCACAGCGAAGAACGGAUACCUCACCAUCUCUCACGGCACUGCUAACCGGCCGCCAGCUAAACUCAACCUGCUCACCUGCCAGGUGAAACACAAUCCUGAAGAGAAGAGGAGCUUUGACCUCAUAUCCCAUGACAGAACAUAUCACUUUCAAGCCGAGGACGACCAGGACUGUCAGAUCUGGAUCUCGGUGCUACAGAACAGUAAAGAAGAGGCGUUGAACCAGGCCUUCAAAGGCGACCAGCAUGUCGGCGAGAACAACAUCGUGCAGGAACUGACCAAGGCAAUCCUGGGAGAGGUCAAGAGGAUGACAGGGAAUGACAUGUGCUGCGACUGCGGAGCGCCCAACCCGACAUGGCUGUCCACCAACCUGGGCAUCCUCACCUGUAUUGAAUGUUCAGGGAUCCACAGGGAGCUCGGAGUCCACUACUCCAGGAUCCAGUCUCUCACUCUGGAUGUACUCAGCACCUCAGAGCUCUUGCUGGCCAAGAAUGUGGGGAAUGCAGGCUUUAAUGAAAUCAUGGAAGCUUGUUUAAGCGCUGAAAAUGUGGUGAAACCCAACCCAGCCAGUGACAUGCAGGCGAGGAAAGAUUUCAUCACAGCCAAGUACACAGAGAAGCGUUUUGCCAGGAAGAAAUGUCCAGAUGCGACAUCGCGGCUCCACACACUGUGCGACGCCGUGAAGGCUCGCGACAUCUUCUCCCUCAUCCAGGUCUAUGCCGAGGGAGUCGACCUCAUGGAGCCCAUACCUCUGGCCAAUGGACACGAACAAGGGGAGACAGCCCUUCAUCUAGCCGUCAGACUGGUGGAUAGAACUUCUCUUCACAUCGUCGAUUUCCUCACUCAGAACAGUUUGAAUUUAGAUAAGCAGACAGCCAAAGGCAGCACAGCACUGCACUACUGCUGUCUGACUGACAACAGCGAGUGUCUGAAGCUGCUGCUGCGAGGAAAGGCGUCCAUAGAGAUCGCUAAUGAGGCCGGGGAGACGCCGCUGGAUAUCGCUCGUAGGCUCAAACACCUGCAGUGUGAGGAGCUGUUGAACCAAGCACUGGCAGGGAAAUUCAACGCCCACGUACACGUCGAGUAUGAAUGGUGUCUGCAGCACGAAGACUUAGAUGAGAGUGACGAGGAUCUGGAUGAGAAGCCAAGCCCUCACCGCAGAGACGAGCGUCCGGUGAGCUGUUACACUCCGAGCAGCAACUCCCACCUCCAGGCCAGUCUGGGCUCCGCUGGCCGCGACGCUGUCAACCUCGGUAAGGACAAGCAGCGCUCCUACAUGCCCAACCUGGUCAACAACGAGACCUACGGCACCAUCCUCAACACCAACCCACCUCAGCCCGGCCUGCCCGGCACCACAUCUGCUCCACCCCUGCCCCCGAGGAACCUGGCCCAGUUAUCUGGUCUCGGAGGAAUUGGUCAGUCUUCACCAUCCAGCAGCUGGAAGCCCGGUUCUUUAGAUCUGGUUGGGCGUCAGAGAUCGUCCUCAGACCCCCCCAACAUGCACCCUCCCAUCCCCCCCAUGAGACUCACCUCAACCGGAGGUCUGGGUCCUUCUUCUGUGGUGAAGAUGGAAGCUUUGAGCCCACACUGUAAGACAGGACAGGGAACACCGGGGUCAAGAGCAGCACCACCCAAAUCACCUGCAGGGAAUGAUAAAAGCUUCAGCAGAGGACCUCUAAAUCGAACGCAAUCUAUUGAAAGACCAGCUAAGGAAGUGCCAGGAUGCCCCCAGAACUCCAUAGGUCAAUCUCUGCCUCCAGCCCCCAUGCCGAGGAAGGCUUAUCCAAAGCAGAGGCCGAAGCGAGUGAAAGCAAUCUACAACUGUGUAGCAGACAACCCGGAUGAGCUGACCUUCUCUGAGGGCGAGGUGAUCGUGGUGGACGGAGAGGAGGACCAGGAGUGGUGGUUGGGCCACAUCGAAGGCGAUCCGAUGAGAAGAGGAGCCUUCCCGGUUACCUUUGUACACUUCAUUGCUGACUGAGAAAGGUCACCGCAGGUCUCAGGAAGUGUCCCGGGAUGCAGCGUCCCCUCCUUCAACCAUCUGUGUCUGUCAGUGUGUGUGUGUGUGUGUGUGUGUGUGUGUGUGUGUGUG